AUGAAAAUAUAUACAAGAUUCAAUUUUGUUUUAAAAGUUGAUACUAUACAAUAACACGCGAUUCAAAGUGAAUAAGUAAAAGUGAACUGAAAAUAUAUACAAGAUUCAAUUUUGUUUUAAAAGUUGAUACUAUACAAUAACACGCGAUUCAAAGUGAAUAAGUAAAAGUGAACCGAACAGAUACCCAAGUAAGGCAUGCUAAGUUAUUAGAAAAGGAAAAUCCCGCGCAAACCAAAAAGACUUUUCACUUUGUAUUGGGAUUUGAGAGUAGAAUCUUAGCUGAUAAUUUUCUUUGCAGGUAAAAAGAAAAAAAAAAUGCAAAACAAGAGAAGAAAAUUAGAUGUCCCAAUUGUGAUCAUAGAUAUUAGUAGUAGUAGUAGUGAAGAAGAAGAAAAUGAUGAUGAUGUUGAUUAUAUUGAUAAUUACGCUUCCAGUAAUGAUGAUGAUGAUAGUUGUGAUAAUACGAAUUCGAAGAGGAAGAAAAUGAGUUUUUCUAAUAGUAGGAAGAAAAGGGAGUCCAAAAUGUGUCAUCAAUGUCAGAGGUCUGAUAAAGAAAGAGUUGUGUGUUGUUCUAAAUGCAAAGUGAAAAGAUAUUGUCUUGCUUGUAUCAGUAGAUGGUAUCCCGGGAUGCUAGAAGAGGACUUUUUAAAAGCUUGCCCUGUAUGUCGUGACUUUUGCAACUGCAUAUCAUGUUUGCGGUUAGAUGGGACAGCAAAACAUUUGAUGAAUGUAGAAGUGAAGUUCAGUGAUGAAGAAAAACUCGAGUACUCUAAGCACAUUGUACGAGCACUUUUGCCUGCGUUGGAACAACUUAAUACCGAGCAAAUGAUGGAAAAGCAGAUUGAGUAUCAGAUUCAAGGUAUUAUAAAUCUCUCAAUGUUUUGGCGCUGUAAUUCUUCAAGUAAAAGAUUCAACUAUUGCAGUGCAGUUAUUGUUGAUUUUCACCGGAGGUGUUCUAGUUGUUCCUUUGAACUUUGCGUUACUUGUUGCAAAGAAUUAAGGAAUGGCAACUUGCAAGCAGAUGUAUCUGAAGUGAUGAUGCAAUAUAUUGACAAUGGACCGGAUUAUUUGCAUGGUAAAGGCUGUAGCGUAACUUCAGUCAAGAAUGGAACUUGUGCUGGAACGACUAAGGUGGCGAUGACAUCUAAAUGGAAACCCGUGGAAAAUGGUGCCAUUCCUUGCCCACCAAAAGAUAUGGGAGGCUGUUGUAACGGAACAUUAAAUUUGAGAUGUAUAUUUUCUGAGAAUUGGAUAUCGCAGCUGUUACUCAAAGCUAAAGAAAUAUCUCAAAAAUGUAAAGUGAAGGAGAUGUAUAAUGAUUCAGAAUUGCACUACUCCUGUUCAAAAUCUAAGGGUGAAAAUGGUACUUCUGGUAGCAAGCUACGUAAGGCAGCUGCUCGGGAAAGUUCAGAUGAUAACUAUGUAUUCUGUCCAGCAGCUGUGGAUACUCGGCGUGCAAAUUUGAGGCAUUUUCGUGUAUAUUUAGCUAAGGGUGAACCAGUUGUUGUAACUAAUGUCCAUGAUAAUGCGUUGGGAUUGAGUUGGGAACCUAUGGUAAUAUGCCGUGUUUGUCGACAAACCAAGAAGGCUACUGAUGUUUUAAAUUGCUUAAAUUGGUGUAAGUUGGAGAAGAACAUACACCAGUUUUUUUUAGGAUACACAGAGGGUCGUUUUGACAGUUACGGGUGGCCUCAACUCUUAAAGUUGAAUGACUGGCCGCCAUCAGGUCUAUUUGAUGAGCAGCUGCCGCGUCAUGGUGCUGAAUUUUCAAGUUGUUUACCUUUUAUGGAAUAUACACAUCCUCAAUAUGGCUAUCUCAAUCUUGCUCUAAGACUUCCUGAUAACUGCGGGAAGCCAGAUUUAGGGCCUAAGGCAUACAUUGCUUAUGGUUUUCCUGAGGAGCUUGGACGCGGAGACUCAGUCACCAAACUACACUAUGUUAUGACUGAUACGGUCAACAUGUUGAUGAACACUCAAGCAGUAGUCCCAACAGAUGAACAACUCUCCGUUAUAAAGAAGUUGAAACAGGUUCACAAAGAGCAGGAUCAGAGGGAAUUUGCAGCUGAUAAUGCUAACAGGACACAUGAGAGCAUUAAGGAUUACGUCCCUAAUGUAAAUGAAAAACCUGUGCUGAAAGGGAUGAACUUUUCUCAGGAGAAACAGAAAUGUGAUGGUUUGAAAGUUGAGAAUAAGAAGUAUUGCCUGCGAAGUGUAAAAGCUGCUUGUGAAACAAAGAAAGACGGAGAGGAUAGUAGUUCUCUUUUCGGGCAGGAUAAGCCUGAAGGAUUUGAAGACGCAGAUGGUGGCGGUGCUCUAUGGGAUGUCUUUAGGAGGCAAGAUGUUCCUAAAUUGGAGGAAUAUCUCAGGAAACACUUCAGGGAAUUUAGGCACAUAUAUGGCUCACCGUUGCCGCAGGUUGUUCAUCCCAUUCUUGACGAAACUUUCUACUUGAGCACCGAGCAUAAAAGGAGGCUAAAGGAAGAAUAUGGAAUUGAACCAUGGACAUUUGUUCAAAAAUUAGGCGAGGCUGUUAUCGUUCCUGCUGGAUGCCCUCAUCAAGUUAGAAAUUUAAAGUCCUGUAUCAAUGUUGCUGUUGAUUUUAUUUCUCCUGAAAAUGUGAAUGAGAGCAUUCGUUUGACAGAGGAGCUUCGCAAGCUUCCUAGAAAUCACGAAGCUAGGGAAGACAAGUUGGGGGUAAAGAAAAUCAUUGUUCAUGCAAUGAGCCAAGCGGUGAAUCAAUUGGAGAAAACACUAUUAAACUCUGAAGCAGGCAUCGAUACAGGAUUACUCUUAUCAAGUUCGAUCAGUAGAAGUAUAAAUUCUAUGCCAGGACCAAGUACACCAAAACCUUCCUCCUCCGUUUCGGAAGAUCUAUCUAGUAGCAAGACUGACAAAAGAGAAGAAUAUGUUGUUCCAACUGAGAAUGAGAAACCAAAAACUGCUGAAGUAAAUCUACGUUCUCCGCUCCCAGUUCUUGAUCAUCUGUCUUCAUCAAACAAGUCUAUGCCAGGACCAAGUAUGCCAAAAUCUUCCUCCUUUUCGGGCAAGACUGACAAAAGAGAACAAUAUGUUGCUCCAAGUGAGGACGAGAAACCAAGAACUACAGAAGUUAAUGUACAUUGUCUGCUUCCAGUUCUUUCAGCAAACAAGGCUCAAGAGAGGACAUCGGUUCCUAGUCAAGAGUUGAAGCAGUUCAUCGAUAUAGUGGAUGUUGAAUCAACUUUCCACACAGUUCAGUCAUUCUUGAAGUCUUUACCAGAUCAGUAUCCCAGCCAACAGUCCGGCAGCCUGCAGAGCAAUAGUACUUCUUCAGCCCAAACACUUGCAAAGUUGAUAUUUGAAUGUUCAAUCAGACUACCUUUAGAGGCAUUGGCUCAUGACCCGAUAAAUGAAAAAGAAAUGUGUGGUGCAAUUGCUGCUUUAAAUGAAAAUCCCUCAUCGUUAUUAUUUAGCGAUGAACAAGCCAAGCAAUUGGUAAAACUCAAGUAUGAAUUCCCCGUCAUGGUUAAGAAAUGGAGGGAGUUGGCACGAGCUGAGUUAAGUUACCAGGAAUUCUUGAACAACUUCGAAGAGGACAGGAAAAAGCUGGAUAACUGGAUUAGAUCAGAAGCAAAGCUGAAGUCGGAGUAUGAUAAAAAGGAGGAACAAGCUAGAGAGCUGGAAGCAUUACUUCAAGAUAUAAGAACCAGGCAGAAAGAAAUCAUGGAUGAACGACAAGAAGGGUCUCAAGAAGCUCAAAAACUCGUGUCGUUAGCUCAAGAAAAAGCUGGAAAGAUAGAAAGCACCAGCAAUGAAUUGGUAACAACAAAAAUGCAGAUGGACGGGUUGAGGAAAAAUUGGUCCAACUUUCAGUCUACAUUCCCAUAGGUGUUACAUUCCAGUCUCUCCUUUUUUUGGUUCCUCGGACUAGAUACAUUUUGGAACGCGGAGUUAUAGUUCAUCUGUACGUAUAGAUCGUUGGAGGUUUUAGGCUGCUUUUGCCUGGUAUGUUGAUGUUUUUUUGUAGAAGAGAGUGAUAAGACAUAGUUGUGUGUUGUUCAAACUGUAAUGAUAAAUCAUUUUGCCUUCCUUA